AGGGAUCAAAGGUACCCCUAAGUUCAGCUUAUGAGAGCCAUAAGGAACUUUUUGGGGUUCAAUUGGAGUCAUUCUAUCUAUUCUACUUCUGCCCAUAGAAACAUCAAUAGCAGGGAAGCUCUCUCUUUUGUUAGAAAUACCAUGUCUCGGUCAGAUGAAUCGCCUGCUUUUAGCAAACCCAGAUCGGUACUCAAGGUGGUGUUUGCCAGAAAUGUGAAUGGAGGAAGUCGUCUAAUGGUUAACAGGAAUAUUGCAAGUGAGUUCAAGGGUUUGGAUCCUUUUCUGAAUCUGGAUCACUUUUCAGUGACUCACCCUGGAGGAUUCACUGAUCAUCCGCAUAGAGGGUUUGAGACAGUCACCUAUAUGCUAGAGGGAGCGAUAGUUCAUCAAGAUUUCGCUGGAAAUAAAGGAACAAUAAGAGCUGGUGAUGUCCAAUGGAUGUCUGCAGGCAGAGGGAUCAUUCACUCUGAGAUGCCUGCAGGAGUGGGUACUCAUACAGGAGUGCAGCUAUGGAUCAAUCUUCCCAAGAAGGACAAAAUGAUUGAACCAAAGUAUCAAGAUCUGCUAAGCGAGAACAUUCCAAAAGCAGAGAAAGAUGGGUUUGAAGUAAAAGUGAUAGCAGGCGAAGCACUAGGGGUUCAAUCAGCGGUACACACAAGAACUCCAGCCAUGUUUCUUGAUUUCAAGGUCAGCCCUCAAGCCCAGGUGCACCAGAACAUUCCAGAGUCUUGGAAUUCCUUCGCGUACGUGCUUGACGGAGAAGGAGUGUUUGGAUCUCCGAGCUCAUCACCGAUUGGUCAGCACAAUGUGGUGUUCUUGGGGCCUGGAGAUGGUGUGAGUGUGUGGAACAAGUCUUCUGAGGCUCUGAGGUUUCUGCUCAUAGCUGGGGAACCACUAAAGGAGCCAGUGGCUCAGCAUGGCCCUUUUGUGAUGAACACUCAUUCUGAGAUUGAGAAGGCCAUGGAGGACUUCCAUUAUUGCAGGAAUGGUUUGAGAAUGGCAAGCAUUGGAGGUCUCAGUGAUGCGUGGACGCGAGUAUGAGAAAUAAUCUGAAUCAUGAGAAGAGUAUUAUUCAUGCAUUUAUCAUACUUUGAAUAAAGUGAUUAAUUUAUGUCUUAUUAUGCUUUAUUCAAUGAGACCCAAUCAUUAGGAUGAAGUGCUAAGCAUAAUUACUCAAUAUUAAUAGUUGCAAUUUGAUAAUUAAUGUUGACUAGUAAGUAAUGCUAAUUUACAUAAAAAUUCCAAGAUUUUGUGUUUCUUAAA